AUGCAGAUCAAACUUAGCCGGCUGAAGAGGAGUCUAAGAAUAUGGAAUCGAGUGAUCUUUGGCAAUAUUAGCGAGAGGUUAAAAAAAGCGGAAGUGGAGGCCAAAGAAGCUCUUGGAAAAUAUGAGGAAAAUCCUUCCCCUGAGCUUCGAGCAGAUAUGAACAGGGCUACAACUGAAUUUCUUCUAAGGCUUAAGAUGGAGGAGGACUUCUGGCGUCAGAAAGCGGCUCUGAAAUGGGUGGCGGAUGGGGACAGGAAUACUAAAUUCUUUCAAGGUUGGGUUAAGCAGAAGCGAGUUAAAUCUCGUAUCCUCAUGAUCAAGGAUGGAGAUCAGACCCUGACCGAGGAGGUGGACAUUCGGAGCUCAGCAGAAAAAUUCUUCAAGGGCCUUCUGUCGGAGGAGGUGGGACCCUUGGAAGAACCGAAUGUGGAGCUCAUUUCUACCCUCCCUUCCCAUGUGAACAUGGAAUUACUGGAGAAGGCCCCCACUGUGGAAGAAAUAAGGAAGGUCGUCUUUAGUAUCAAUGCAGAAAGUGCAGCAGGCCCGGAUGGGUAUUCUGCCCUCUUCUUUCAAUCGUGUUGGGAGAUCAUAGGGGAUGAUGUGGUUGCCGCUGUUAUGGAUUUCUUUGCGGGUUCCCCUAUCCCAAGAGGUAUUGUAGCAACUUUGAAUGUCCUGGUUCCGAAAAAGGAAAAUCCGUCAAAGUGGUCUGAGUUUAGACCAAUUAGCUUGUGCAAUGUGAUGAACAAGAUUAUCUCCAAGCUGCUUACCGCAAGGCUGGUUCCCAUCCUUCCCUUGAUCGUUGCUCCUAAUCAGAGUGGAUUCAUUCAAGGGUGGUUAUUAAGUGAUAAUGUGCUUCUGGCCAAAGAAUUGUUCCAUGAAAUCUGGAAAGGAGUAGUGUCCCCAAACAUGUUUUUAAUGCUUGACAUGGAGAAGGCGUAUGAUAGAGUCCAAUGGCCUUUUUUGCUUAAAAUCUUAAAAAUGAUGGGCUUUUCGGACCGAUGGGUAAGAUUUAUUGAAAACUGCAUUUCUCCUUGCUGGUUUUCGGUUCUUAUUAACGGGAGUGUGGCUGGAUUUUUCAAAUCCACACGAGGCCUUAGGCAAGGGGACCCCAUUUCUCCUUCACUGUUUGUCUUGGCAGCUGAUUAUUUGUCGAGGCUGCUUGAUCGCCUCAUUUUGGGGCGCACAAAGUUCAACUAUUUUGGAGAUAAAAGAUUGUCUCUCCACGACAUGGAGGUCUCGGGGCAGAAAGUAAAUGUGGGAAAAAGCUAUUUUUAUCUUGAUAAGAAACACCUCGCCUGGACAAGUGAAGUAAAAGAGGUGCUGGACCCUACAAAGGGGGCGGUGAAGCAGAUAGAGCAAGUGAUGGCUCAGCUUCUUGUGGGGAGAGUGUGUCUUCCUACUGAUGAGGGAGGAUUGGGGAUUAGAAGCUUGGCUGACUCGAUAGAGGCUUUUAGCCUCAAGUUGUGGUGGCGGUUUAGAGAGCAGAAUUCCUUGUGGGCUCAAUAUUUGUUCCAGAAGUAUUGCUCAAUCUCUUUUCCCUUGGUGAUAUAUAGAUCAAACAGGUUCAGCCCUAUGUGGAGAAGGCUAUUCAAAGUUGGAGACAUUUGUCGGGAACAUGUUCGGUGGGUUUUAGGGAAUGGCAACAUCAGUUUCUGGUACGAUUCCUGGGUCCUAAAUCUGCCCCUUGUAAGUUUGUGCAGUUCAACCCCUUCCAGUCCUUCUUUGAAAGUAAAUGAGUUAUGGGUAGGAGAUCGGUGGGACGAGAUAAGGGUGAGGCUCCUGUUGGAGGAAGAGGGUCUUACGGAGGAGAUUGCUGAUAGGAUCCUGCAAACACCCUUUGAUAGAGGAUCUAGAGAUAGGGGCCGAUGGAAGCUCUCUAGUAAUGGUGACUUCUUUACAGCUUCGGCCUGGAAUUUGGUACGGAAAAGAGCAGGAAAGCGGCUGAUUUAUGAGAUGAUUUGGGGUAAAAGCAUUGGACUCUCUAUAUCGAUGUUCAUGUGGUGCCUCUUGGCAAAUCGCAUCCCGGUGGAUACAAAGAUGCAGUGGAGAGGAAUCUCACUAGCAUCAAUGUGCAGAUGCUGUGUAAAACCACAAGUGGAGUCAAGAUUACAUCUUUUCAUGAACGGAGACGUGGCUAGGAGAGUGUGGCAACAUUUUGCAAGGUGGUUCCCUCAGAUCCCGCCGUUCGUAGGUAUGGGGGAGAACAUUGAGUUUAUCUGGUUGGAGAGAAAUGAAAAUGUUUAUAGGGAAAAAAUCUUUGAUGCUGAGAAUGUAAUUAGGAGAGUUAAUUCCCAGUUGAGAAAUCUGGUUUUGGCUAAGGUGUUAGGUCCGGAUCAGUGGGGGGGUUGCUUCCCGCAGCUGGAUGUGAUGCUUGGAGAGGUUAGAAGGGGCUGUAGGAGGGCAGUGGUGAGGAUCCUCUGGCGCCCUCUGGAUGAGGGGUGGUUGAAGCUCAAUGUAGAUGAGGCUUUUUCGCACUCAUUACAUAGGGCUGGGGGUGGGGGUGUGCUGCGUGACUGGGAGGGUGUCAUUCUUGCUGCUUUUUCUGCAGGUGUGGAAGGGAAUUCGGGAUUGGAGGAUGAGGUUGCGGCGCUUCUGCUUGAGUGGAAAGUCUCUCAUAUAUACAGGGAAGGCAACAAGGCAGCGGAUUUUCUUGCUGGGAUCGGGAUGCAGUCUGGAGAACAGGUCUUUUAUUCAGGAUCCUCGGUGCCAGCGCGGGUCAAGGCAUUGUGUAGAUUGGAGUAG